AUGACAUCCCAACCCCAAGUAGGCGACUUCUGCCUUGAGUGCCGCUGGGAGGAUUUACAUAUCGAUACCAAGGCCCCUGAGGAUUCCUCAGUCCCUCCAUGCGAGCCCCAAUGGGAUUGCACUGAUGUUGAGCAUCAUACAUCGCUGGCUCGAUGUGAGGUUGACGAGACCUGCUGUGAUGAAGACGCCUGUGCCGAUGACUGCCAUAUAGACUGUGGGUCAAUCUGUGACGGCUUCGUGGAUUGCGACGCCUCGACCGUGUGCUCCGUUGCGAAUUGCGACGAAGACCAUUGCGAGAGCACGGACCCCGUCUGCUUCGAGGAUCACUGUUGUGACAGUACUGCCGACCAAGAUUGCACGUUUGAGUCUAUUUUCGGACUGACAACGCCGCUGUCGCUGGAUACCUCUAGUAUCCUACCGUCGGCCGCGAUGGGCCAUCAUCCUGUCGGCGAACUCGGGAAACCCGCAGAAUAUACCUUGCCAAACAUGAUUGAUCCAUGCUAUCAGUACGACUUCCUCUCCUCGUACCAGGCUCACGCAACCCAUUGUGAUGAGAAUGUCCCCAACCACCUCGGAUGUCAGGACUUCCGGAAAGAUUGGGAGGGCAUGCUCACGCAUCAACACCAACCAAUUCCUCAACCAGCAGAUGUAAACCCAGCAGAUGUCUUUCACAUGCUUGGAAUGUGCUCUGAUUUUGCUGUCUGCCACGACCAAAACCUCCCCACACAUCAUCAUCAUCACCCACACCAACAACCUGACCUUAAUACCAUCGAGCAACCAAAAGAAGAUCCUUUGAACUGUUUCCACACGGGGCACCAUCAUGUCCACAGCGAAUUUAAAAACCCUAAUGACCUCGACAUUCACGUCCACGGCCCUCAUCGGAACCACCACCGCUGCCGAGCCCAUCACCACCACACUCAUCCCUACUCCCCCUAUUCGCGCCACUCCAGGUCCAGCGUUAGCUCGCACUUCAUGUCAAGUCCGAGAGAGACACCUCCACCUCUAGAAAGAGACAUCUCGUCAGUGUUGACCACACCAGAAUUCUCUGCUGAGGAUAACGAGUUGCACGUCUGCAAGUGGGUAACGUCGAUUCACGGGAUUCAAGCUCCCUGCGGCGCUACAUUUGCGGAUUCUGGCGCUCUUCAAGAUCACCUUGUUUCCGCGCAUAUGAAUACCGUUGAUGGUGCGAAGGGUAAUGGAUACUAUUGCUGCUGGCAAGGAUGUCACCGUCCGGAUGAACCUUUUUCACAAAAGUCGAAGCUUCAAGGCCAUUUCCUGACACAUAGUAAUUAUAAAAACUUCAAGUGCUCUGUCUGUGGAAAGACCUUCGCCAGACAAGCAACCUUGGAUCGCCACGAGCGCAGCCAUCGUGGAGACAAACCAUACAAGUGCAAAGACUGCGGGAAAACUUUCACCGAUAGUAGCGAGCUGAAAACGCAUUCGCGAACUCAUACCGGCGAAAAGCCAUUCAAAUGCACUUAUCCUGGAUGCAAAUUCGAGACUGGCGAUUCAUCAAACAUGUCCAGUCAUAGGCUCACUCACGGCGAACGGAAACACAAAUGUCAUUACCCCGGCUGCACAAAAAGCUUUACUAGGCCUGACCAAUUGAAACGCCACCAACGGACAACACACAAAUCAGACAUAACCUCAACACUCCCAUCCCCUAGCCCCGACCAUUUUACUCUAUCUUCUUUCGCUGUUGUUUAA